AUGGCUUCCAAAUUGCCGAGAAUCGGCAACAUCAACCAUGCGGCCGGUAUCUAUGCGGACAUGUCCGUCGACGGUCCCGCCAUUGGCACCCUGGUCGCCAUCAUUGACCGUGCGAAGAACCUGCCAAACAGAAAGACGAUGGGAAAACAAAAUCCGUACUGUGCUGCUCGUCUCGGCAAAGAAGCGAAGAAAACAGAGACCGAUCUGCGUGGAGGCCAAACACCCAAAUGGGAUCAGGAGCUCCGCUUUACAGUGCAUGAAUCGCCGGAUUACUUUAGACUCAAAGUCUCAAUCUUCAACGACGACAAAAAGACCGAUCUGAUCGGCGAGACCUGGAUUGAUCUGCAGGACUUGAUCAUCCCCGGUGGCAGCCAGAGUGACCAAUGGCACCCAUUGCAUUUCCGCGGAAAGUAUGCCGGCGAAGUCCGCAUCGAGAUGACCUACUACGACACUAGGCCUGAGGAUGAAGCCGUGAUUGAGCGACGAACCCAAGUGGCCGACAAGAUCCAAAGAAGCAGCGCUUCAUCGAAACCCGUCGCUACACCGGCACCCGUCAGCUCUUCCUCGCUCUCGGGUCCGCGCCAGUUGAAGGAUGUCAAGAGACGCCCACUUCCCAGCGAUCUGACUGCUUCAACCCCAGCUCGUCCUGCCCCCGUCGAGAAGACUCCCUCGGCUCCAGUACAGUCUCAGCCUGCGCCAUCCCGGCCGGUUCACCACGACCAUUCUCAUUCCACACCUGCCAUGCCUGUUGCCGCCGAUCAUACGCGUUAUCCUCAACGGCAGGCCCCGGAGCCUCCCUAUGACGCGGCAGCGUACAACUCCGCUCCGCAGCCUGCGCCGCCGGUAAAACAAUAUGAAACGCCAGAUGACUUUCAUCGAGAAUGGAACUACGCGGCUCAGACUGUGCAGCCGGCCGCGCCAGCGCCUUUGAGGCGAUCCGUGCAGGAGCAAACCCACCCUUAUCGCGAGAGGCAGGCGGACCCUUAUGAUACACGACAACAAUAUGCACGGCCGCACUCCGGAUACGGCAAUGCCCCAGCCGUGGACUACCGUUCUCGGCCGGAUGUCCCACCAAGCAGGCCUGAGUACGAAGCACAUCCUGUUGCGGACAUGCACACCAGGCACCCAUAUGACCCGGCCUCCCGUCCGACCAGCCGGCACCGGAAUCAGCCAUUUCCCCCUCCGGAGCAGCACGCCUACAGUGGAGAUCUGGUGCGCUAUGGCCACGAUGCGCCCCAGUACUCUCCUCGUUCCUCGACCAACUCGUAUGAACGCCCGGAAUACGCCCAGAACGCCCCCGUCCCAGCUCCAAUGGAACCGGACCACCACUAUCGGCUGCACAGCAAUUCCGUCGCCAGCAUGAACAGUCGCCAUCGUAGUUCCAUCCACGAGACCUUCCACCCGGAAUACGCCGCGAUGCAACCGCGCGUGGACGACGAAGAAGAUGAGGGGCCGCCGCCUCCGCCCCCGGCCCAUCGGUCUGGCUUAGUCCAGCACAGUCAACAGUUAGUACCGUCACCAGCUUCCUCGUACAAGGCUUACUCUCCAGAGUUUGCGUCGUCGCCCCGCCACAGUACCCAGGAUAUGAACGCGGUCCAGCCGCUCCACCUCCCAACCCACAGGAACCGCCCACAGGACCCCCAUCAUACGAAGAAUCCAUCGGUACCGCGCAGCCUAGUCGCCGGUUUUGACACGGCCGUGCCAGGGACGGAGCCGCGAGCGACGCAGGACGGUCUGGCCACGCGACGACGGAGCAUGCUCGAAGAAGAGGCCAUCAUCUUUCAGCCCCCCGAGCCGAAGCGUGCGGGAGUGCCAUAUCCUGUCGAAACACCGCCUUCGCAGCCUGCAGACUACCGCCGUUCCUUGGUGAUCACCCGAUCGAUCAAUCCAGACAUCCGCUCUGCGCCUCGACGGAAAUCGGUCAGCCCUCGACCACCGCCGUUGACUGAACGUCAAGUGUCGCGGAUUCCAUUCUCGCCAGACUCGUACAAUGCACUCAAUCCAAAUGCAGCACGGUCUGCUGUCACGCGCGACCCGGCACCCGCGUACGAUACGAUCGCUCAAUCCAUGCAGAUUGCACGACUCAACGAUCUGAAGCCUGACACGUCGGGCCCGAUCAUCGGCGACGAUGGCCGAGAGAUCGAUCCUUCCGAUCACCUUCCGACGGACACGUGGGCGCCGGAGCCAGAACGCAAGUCCCGGAAGCCGGAGGUCAUUGUGCGUUUCAAGAAUGCGCCUGCCCGGGAUGCUACAGGCGGUCGUCCCCGGUCUAGCGGGGGAUUCGUUCCUGAUCAGACGAGACGUCCUCCCUCGCAUGUUUCCCGGGUAAACGCCGAACACACCUCCCCUGGGGCGGACUACAUGGACCGUGGGCGCCAGGGGUAUGGGGGAUACGGGCCUGGAGGGAGCUAUCAUCCAUCGAAUGCACCACGGCCGCGAUCAUCGCAGCGCAAGUCCGUGUCACCGGCUCCCAGCGCACACUCGGCUCACUCUGCGCACUCUGUGUCAAGCUUCUAUGCACCUACUGGGCCUCCAAUCCCGGCCAAGGUGCCCAUUGCGGCCCCGGAGCCCAACUACCCGGUGAUGGGGGGCAAUCCCGGCAUGGACGCGCUGAGCCGGGAGCUGAACACUAUUGACCUGGGGUCGGUGGGAUGUAGUGUGAUUCGGGCGCCGCGGAAGUAUGUGCCCAGGACGAUCACGACGGGCUAUGCCAUGUGA